GGUAUCAGAAUCUGUGUUGUAUGAGAUGCUGUGCUUGUGUAUAUCCAUAGAGAGAGAGUGACCUAUUUGGUGAGAGGAGAUAGAAUGCUAGCUGAGUCCCAUCAAGUCGUCCUUCUUCGAAUUAGGGCUUGAUUGCUGCUACUAACUUCUGCCACUAAGUUGCCCACUCAACAUGCGCAGACCCAACACAUGGCUUAAACACAUGAGCUCAAAACCCUAAUAUGCACCAAUGAUCUGAAUUUCAGAAAUCAAGGUAGUGAUCAAAGAUGAGCCAACCAUCGGUGAUCCUUGCAACGGCUAGCUAUGAUCAUACAAUCCGAUUUUGGGAGGCCAAAAGUGGGAGAUGCUAUCGAACUAUUCAGUACCCAGAAUCUCAAGUUAAUCGGCUUGAAAUAACCCCAGACAAAGGGUACCUGGCUGCUGCGGGAAAUCCUCACAUUCGAUUAUUUGAUGUUAAUUCAAACAGCCCUCAGCCUGUUAUGAGCUACGAUUCACAUACUAACAAUGUUAUGGCAGUGGGGUUUCAGUGUGAUGGAAAUUGGAUGUAUUCAGGUUCUGAAGAUGGCACAAUAAAGAUUUGGGAUUUGAGGGCUCCAGGUUGUCAGAGGGAAUAUGAAAGCCGUGCAGCUGUUAACACGGUUGUCUUACACCCAAAUCAGAGCGAAUUGAUAUCUGGGGACCAAAAUGGCAAUAUUCGUGUGUGGGAUUUGACAGCAAAUUCAUGCAGCUGUGAGUUGGUGCCUGAAGUAGAUACAGCUGUAAGGUCUUUAACAGUAAUGUGGGAUGGGAGCUUGGUUGUCGCCGCAAACAACCGCGGAACAUGUUAUGUUUGGCGCUUGUUGCGAGGAAACCAGACUAUGACCAAUUUUGAGCCACUUCAUAAGCUACAGGCACAUGAUGGAUACAUCCUUAAAUGUCUACUUUCACCCGAGUUCUGUGACCCCCGCCGAUAUCUGGCCACCGCAUCUUCUGACCAAACUGUCAAGAUAUGGAAUGUAGAUGGUUUCACCUUAGAGAAAACUCUAAUAGGACAUCAACGCUGGGUUUGGGACUGUGUUUUCUCUGUAGAUGGUGCCUAUCUCAUCACAGGUAUAUCAAGAUCAAGCAUAGGUCCUGGAAUCUUCAUUUCUUCUUCCCGUAUAUUAUCCGAGAAUUUCGACACGAGUCUCGCAUCCAACAUAUGAUCAUCAAGAUCACCCCGGAAUCUCUUUUUGAAGGACUUGAUUUUUCUUUUCCAUUCGUCUUUAUUUUUAACCUGACACGAUACGGUUUCCAUAUUUUGCUAGUCGGAAAGAAGUUUUCUUUAGGUAUAUCAUCAGGUACAAAAAUUUACAACUCAGGGCAGUUGAACAUGAAAAUUUUGCAAAAUAAAAAUAAAUAACAUAAUUGAUCAACAAGUGAUAAAUUGAUAUUGCAUACAAUCUGUCAAUUGGUACAAAAAUUUACAACUGGAAAUUUUUUCCUAUUCAAUAAAACAAGGGUAAGCAAGACGAAUGCAAGUAGUUUACAAAAUGAAAACUAUAGAUGAAGAGGCCAAUACCAUGAAAGAUUUGCAAAACAAGAAUGUCAUCUACUGCUGCUUAUCUUGUCCCAUUCCUGAAGGUUCUACCCCUUCCUUGGGCUUUGCUGGGGCAACUUUAGCAGGGGUCGAGUGUUC